UUGGCGGGGAAAUGUGACGUUUACCGACCCUGUGUACCGGCUCUGGUGGCGUCGGGUUGACUGUUUGGACGGCGGGACACGGGGUCGGAACGAGCCGCGAAGCGACCGAGAAGCUGGAGCACGGACGCUGGAGGGCCGCCUCCGCCACGACGGCGAGACGGAAGUCCAGCGGCGGCCCGAGCCCGGCUCCGGGCGGUACCGGCUGCUCUCCGAGCUCCGGAAGCCCUGCGCGAAGAGGUGUGGACGUUGAGUGGGCCUCAUUAGCGUGGGAAGAUGGCUGCAUCCAAAGCCGCUAUCCCUUCCUUGGCCGAAUGUCAGUGCGGGAUCUGUAUGGAAAUCCUCCUGGAGCCGGUAACCCUACCCUGCAACCACACGCUCUGUAACCCGUGUUUCCAGUCGACUGUUGAAAAGGCCAGUCUGUACUGCCCCUUCUGUCGCCGCCGGGUCUCCUCGUGGACACGGUACCAUGCCCGAAGAAAUUCUCUUGUUAAUACAGACCUGUGGGAGAUUAUUCAGAAACACUAUGCAAAGGAAUGCAAGCUCAGGAUUUCUGGACAAGAAUCAAAGGAAAUCGUUGAUGACUACCAGCCAGUUCGUCUGCUAAGCGAGCCUGGGGAGUUAAGACGAGAAUACGAAGAAGAGAUAAGCAAGGUGGAAGCUGAGCGACAAGCCAGCAAAGAAGAAGAAAACAAAGCCAGUGAGGAAUAUAUACAGAAAUUGUUGGCAGAAGAAGAGGAGGAGGAAAAAAGACAGUUGGAAAGAAGAAGAAGCGAGAUGGAAGAACAGCUGAAAGGCGAUGAAGAACUGGCAAAAAGUCUAAGCAUCGAUAUUAACGGUUCCAAAAAUUUGAGUUCCAGAAAAUCGGAUCCAGUCACAAACAAGUCACAGAAGAAAAAUACAAACAAACAAAAAAACUUUGGAGAUAUUCAAAAGUAUUUGUUACCUAAGUUGAAGUCUGAGUCAGCAUGGCCAUGUCAAGCUGUGCAUGGAGAAGACAAAAGCUGCAUGUCGAAGGAAAUUGACAGUAGUGACAUGAAGAGCCCUGUGUUGCAAGACACAGAAAUUGAAAAAGAUAUGCCAACACUUUCUCCACAAAUAGGCCUAAAAUCUCAAGAACAAGGUUUAGAGUUUUUGGCAGAGUUACCUGUGCCAUGGUUAUGUAUAAGGGAUGCUGAACAGUGCCUUGAGGGAAAAGUUGAGACAGUGUCAACCAAUCCUAAUGACUUAGGUGUUGUAUAUCAUGAUGGACCUGGAGCCAAAGUUUCCUGCUCUAAUGAAGCUACAGUUGAGCCUUCUGGCGAAAUAGAAAAUAAAGAGCAUUCUGUGUCAGGUAUGAACCAGUUAACUGGGGACAACAGAGUUCCAACAGAGAGUAGAAUGUAUCACCUACUAGUCGGAAAAGAGAUCUCCAAAAGAGAAAACCAGGAGUCUGUAUUUGAAGAAGUCAUAGAUCCAUGCUUUUCUGCUAAAAGAAGGAAAACAUCCCUCCAAUCCUCAGAUCAAGAAACAAGAUCAAGAAGUGAAUCAGAUCAAGAAGUGAAUUUUACACAAAAACUGAUAGAUUUGGAACAUAUGCUUUUUGAGAGACAUAAGCAAGAAGAACAGGACAGACUGUUAGCAUUACAGCUUCAGAAAGAGGUGGAUAAAGAACAAACAGUGCUAAACCGGCAGAAAGGAUCCCCAAAUCAGUACCAGUUGCGCACACCUUCACCCCCAGAUAGGCUGCUGAAUAGACAGAGGAAGAAUUCCAAAGAUAGGAAUCCUGUAAAGCAAACCAAUGCAGAACAUUCAAAAUCUCAGAGGAGCACAAAAGAUGAAUAUUGGCAACCCUUUAAAAACACAUGGAAGGAUUCAGUUAAUGGAAGAAAGAUGCCAAGUUCUAUUAAAGACAAUUGUAAUGUAUCUAAAAGCACCUAUCCCUUACAGCCUAGUAAGUCACAGAAAAGCAUUUUUCAGAUGUUUCAGAGAUAACGAAGCAAAGCAUGUGGAGAGUGUUCUGUAACCUAGGAAAGCUGUAUUGCAAAGCUAGCUCUUCCAUCAUAAAAUCCCGAAGUGUGGUAUUAACUUCUGCUCAGCAAGCACGCUUAUUCUCAAACUGUGGCUACAAAGGAAGAAUCUAUCAACGUGUUUCUGCAAAAGUCAGCAAUAAGGAAAGGUCCUUGAUUGUUUCUGUUGUCAAUAACGGCUGUGCUCUAAGUGCCAUGCCUUCACAGGUAAAAUGCCUUGGUCAGGGCAUCUUCAGGUGCCAUUUCCCUUUCCAAACAUUGUUUUAGGCUUGCUGCUGCUGCUGUUUUUGGUUUUGUUUGUUUGUUUGUUUUGUUUUUUUAAUGAAUGGGUAAAGAAUCCACACAAGUACCUUCUAUAACACUAGAGUAAUUAAUUCCCAUCCUAACUAUAAUUUUAAAAAUUUUAGCAUUUCUUUUGACUUAAAAUGGAUUAGUAUCAACAUCGAUUAGUUGACAAAAAGGCUGCUAGACUGUUAACACAAAAGGGUUUCAAUAGGGUGGGCUGAGCGGUAGAUUGGUGAUAGGGGUCCCUGGAGCUGAAUUGGGUAAUCAGAAACUGGGUCCAGAAUGGACACCAGAUUUCUUGUUGUGGAACAUUUUUCUUCAUCCCUUCUUUGUCAAGUGGCAGAAAAAUAGUUUACAGCUUUUCACACCAUGGUACUUUGGUGUGAAAAGGCAAACAUUGGGCUAUUUCUACUGUUGGAGUGUAGAAAAGGGAAUUUACUGCAGGAAAUCACCCCAUGCUCUACAGUUGAACACCAUGCGUUAAUGUCCUUAUCGCUUACUGGCUCACACUUUGGCUUGUUUGUGCACAGAGAUAGAAAGUGGUGUGUUGGGUCUGUCCCAGCUUUCUCUGGAAGGUAAAUGCAAAUGCAACUGACUUCAUGUUGUGAAAUUUGCUUCUGCUACCCUCUUUCCUUUCAUUAAGACAGCUUUUAGUAAGCCAUAGUAUCAGCAGCGUUUCUCCUGUGUCGUGGUAUUCAUUUACUGUCAAACUGUCCGAGUGCAGUGUUUGGCUCCAUCCACAUUUUUGUCGUUUGAACUUUUCCUUCCAUGUUUUGAGAUUGUUUUUAUGUUUAUGUUGCCAUAUUUUUUUUCAAACGUUUUACUUGAUGCUUAAAAGAGACAGUGUUGGCUUCAAAUUGAAAGUUAAUGCAUUGAGGAGCUAGAGAUACGGCUCAGCGGUUAAGAACACUGGCUGCUCUUCCAGAGGACCUGAGUUCAAUUCCCAGCAACCACAUAGUAGCUCAUGACCAUGAUAGGAACUGACGUCCUCUUCUGUCACACAGGCAUACAUGCAAAUAGAACACUCAUAUGUAGAAAUCAAUAAAUCUUUAAAAAAUUUCAUUAAAUCUUUGUGGAAUAGUUCAUGACCAAAAAGGGAAGAAAAACAGGCCACAGUGUGGCAUAGUUAGAAUUUAUAAUUUAUAUACUUCCCUUCCUGUUUGUCCAUGGGAAGUCAUCCUCCUGAAUGAAGGUGAUUUUCAGAUUUUUAGUUUCUCUGUUUAGUUUUGAUUCCUACUGUUUAUGCCUUUGUGUUAAAAGUAUUAAAUUUUUUAUUGGUCAUUAGUGAAAUGCUUUUUCCUCAUUUUUGUUGAAAAAUAUUUAAUUUCUUAGAGUAUUAAAGUUGUGCAGGUGUUGGAAAUAAAGUUUAAAAAAAUUAAAAAGAGGCCAGGCAUGGUGGCACAGCUUACCUAAUCCCAGUACUUGAGAGGGAGCAGCAGGGGCAUUUAUGUGAGUUCUUAAAACAAAUUUAAAAAAGAACGAUUAAUGAAAGUUGAUGCUCAUGUUUAUUUUACCACACUUUUUUAAAAAAAUGGCUACAAACCAUGCACGUCAACCUCACGGAUGCCAAGGCUGGAGGAUUUUGAUCUGAUGAUCCAGCUGGGCUGCAUAUUAAGACCCUGUGUGUGGUGUUAGAGGGGGACCCACAGCCUUGCACAUGCUAGCUAAGCAUCUCUCACUGAGCUACAUUUCCAGCCCAAGUGGAACCACUCAAAAACCAAAACAAAAAUAAUAAAACUCCCAAAAAAACAUGGUUGCUGGGCAGAGUAGCGUAUGCUUUCAAUCCCAACACUUAAAAGAAAAAGGCAGGCACAGAUCUCUGUGAGUUUGAGGCCAGCCUUGUUUACAGAGUGAGUUCUAGGCUACACAGAGAAACCUUGUCUCCAGAAACAAACAAACAAACAAACAAAAAAGUGAGUGGCUGGAGAUGGAGCACAUGACUGGGAGGGGUGCUGUUCAGAACCUUUGCAUGGAUGGGCAGGAGGUAUGCUGGGAGGUGGGAGACAGCCUGAGACUGAGAGUUUUUCUCCCUGACCAGCCUUCACAGCCUUUGGUGAGUGGUGCCCAUCCUAGAAGGGGCUUUUCGUUGAAUGAUUUUUGGCAGCUGCCUUGAGUCACCAUGUGCCUGUAAGAUCCUUACCCAUGCUUCAAAAACCAACUAGCAAAACACAACCUACAGCUGGGUGCCAUGGCACAUUCCUGUAAUCCCAGCACUUGGGGAGGCAGAAGCAAGCUGAUGGCUGUGAGUUCGAGGCCAGCCUGGUCUACAAAGUGAGUCCAGGACAGCCAAGGCCACACAGAAACCCUCUCUCCAACAAACGAGAACCCCCACAACCUACAACAGGGGUCUACAAGAAAAAAGUUUUUGAUAGAGUUGGCUGUAAUAGCCUGUGCAUUCAAUUCCAGGCAGGUAGAUCUCAGAGUUCUAGGCCAUCCUUGGCCCAACAGAGGUUCCAGGCCAGCCAGGGCUAGAGAGUGCUAAAUAAUGUGACCCUGUUUCCAAAAAGCAAAUAAAAGCAAGGGCUGGAGCAAUGACUCAGCAGUGUAGAGCACUUCCAGGGGACCUGGAUUCAAUUUUCAGCACCCACAUGUCAGCUUACAUGUGUAACUGUUCUGGAUUUCCUGGGCACCACCCAUGAUGUGAUGCACAGAACUGUCUCCAUGUGUAACAGAAGUAACGUAACGGUGAAGCCGCAGUGGGUGUGCAAUAUGGGUCCAGGCAAUCUUGGCGUGAAGGAGAUUGUUACAGCUCUGAGGGGAGAGGUUUCCCUGUGUCUGUGUUACCACUGGAGGACACAACAAACCACAAGAGAGAGAUUAUUGGGAGAGACUCUGGAGGGUGGCUGCCUCUGCUUAGGUAAAAAGCGGCAGGGAAAUAACCAGGAGACAAGAAACCAGGGUUUCUUGGGGUGUGGAGUUUCCCAGGGUAUGGAUAGGUGCUAUUUCAAGUCCUGAGCUUGUAGGGAGCCAGGAAUUGGUGGGUUUUCCAAACCUGGAAGUGAGCUUGGACUUUAUACCCUAUAGGAGAACACUGAGACAGUCUAACCAUAAAUUUGAAAGUCAUUUGCUUCCUAAGCUAGCAGGAGCUUAGGGUGUGGGAGAGGAUCGACCCUGAAGACCUCUGAGAAGGAAAUGCUUUCCAACUGUUGCCUGUAUCUCUGACAUAGCCCUGUUAGUCCACUUCUAGACAAGGGAUUUGAAGGCUGUAGUUGGAUAAUGAUAAGAAAGCAAAACACAAGGAGCAGGAGAUGGCCCUUCUCUUCCAGAAGAACACAUGGAAGCUCACAGCUCUUAUGCCCAGUUCCAGGAAAUCCACCACCCUCUCUGGUCUCCACAGAUACUGCACACACAAUGUGAACACACAUAUGCAGGCAAAACACCCUACAAAAAUUAAUAAAAUGUAAAUAACAUCUUAGGGACUGAGGUAGCCCAAAGCUAGCUUCAACCUUGACAUGCUAAUAGGCACCACAGUCAUAUGUUCUUGGAAAAGCGACAGGUCCCUUUUGCUGGAGAUAAAGAGCAUGACUCCUUUUAGCAAGUAGAAACUAUCUUCAAGCACCCGAGAGAAUGCUGGCUUUUGUCUAAAUUUCACGCUUUGGGAAAAGGAAUUUCUUUGGGUGGGAGGUAAAACAGGGUUUCAUGUAGCCCAGGCUGGCCUGGAAUUUGCUAUCUAGCUGAAGAUGACCAUAAACUGAUUCUCCUCUCACUAUCAAGUUCUGGGACUGCAGCUAUGUGCCACCAUGCCUGGACCUUUUAUUUGUUUAUUUGUUGGUUUUGAACUUUAGCCGCUGUUUACUCCUAUUGCAAGUCUGUUUGUUUGUUUAUUUAUUUAUUAUUAUUAUUACUAUUAUUAUUUUGUAGCCCCGCUGUCCUGAUACUUACUCUGCAGAUCAGGCUGGCCUGGUAGCUUCUGCCUCUGUCUUGCUGGGAUUAACGGCAUAAGCCACCAUGCCCAGCUCAAAUCCCUUUUCUUUAUAGGAAGCCAAAGCAAAGGAGUCUGGGAAUUGUUUGAAGUCAUAACAGUUUAGAACAGCAUCUUGGAGCUGAAAGAAGAGGAAGGAAAACAAGCUACAGGUGUUAUAAGUAGAGUCUCCUCUAUCCUAGGCUGCCCUUUAACUCUCAAGGUAGUUCAGGAUGAUCCUGAACUUCUGAUCUUUUCUGACUUGGAAAGAACUGGGAUCCAGGUGUAUGCCACCACACCUGGUUUUAUUCUAUGGACUGAAUGCAAGUACGCUACCCAUAAGCAACAUUCUCUACCCAGAUGCCUAGAAAUAUCCAAACCCAGCACAGAGAUCUGCCUGCCUCUGCCUCCCCAAGUGCUGGGAUUAUAGGCAUGUGCCUCCACACCUGGCUUACUUUGGUUUCUUUACUGAGUCCAUUCCAUACAGUUUGUUUUUUGAGACAGGGUCUCUCUGUGUGUCCCUGGCAGUCCUGGAACUUGCUAUGUGAAUGAAAAUAAGGACAUGGCCACUUCAAGGUAUGAUUGAGAAGGGUUUUAUUGUAGGUAUGAGGGAGAGAACAGCCAGAAACAUCUAGAAGAGUCCAGAGUGAACAUGGCAGCAGAACAGACUGGCCAUGAGAGGGGAAGAGAGAAGAGAAAGAGGACCAAGAGAGUGCAUGGGAACUGAGAGACUGAGUAAUUGAAGCAGCUGUUACACAGGGCUGGGGGAAGGAAAGCAAGGCCCAGACGCUGAGCUGGAGAGGUUUAGGGUAGGGGAUGGGUGAAGAACCAGCCUGCCUCCAUCUUAGGAUCGAAAGCCAUCUUACAGUAAAGACAAACCACCCAUUCCUGUUUAUGAUUAAACCUGUUUCUCAAGGAUUGGGCUGUGCCCCACCUGUAACCUUAACUACAAAUGGUUCUGUACUGCCUGUACCAGAAAACAGCCACAUGUCUUUGUUUCAAAAAGUUAUGACCCUACCUUGCAACCCUACUUUUGUUUCACAAGAUCACUAUAACCACUUGCCAUGACCAUCUUGCUAUGACCACCUUGUUAUGCUCCGCUCCUGUAACCCCACCUAUUUGCUGCCAAAUCCCCAUUUGGAAACCUCCUACCCCUGGGCUAUAUAUAAAAGCCCUUCUUUUCCUCAUGUCCAGUGCUGAUCUCUUGAAGUCUACUUUUAGGGAAAGACAUCCCGUGUAUACAAAAUAAUAAAAAUAAUAAAGCUUGCUUG